AAAAAUCACAACAAGAUGGCUUCGUACAUUUGCACCCAGUUCCUGAACUUGAACGUCAAUGACCUGCCUUCAAAGACCACCACCUUCACUUUGAACGCGGGUCUCUUUGAGCAGCGGGAUCUUAACUUGUUCAUCGAAAGUUUGGAGACCAUCUCCCGCUUGGAGAAGGAAAGGCACGAGCGGCGACAGAUCCGAAAGGAGAAAAAACUACAGCAGGAAAGGAUGAGCGAGUUGGAGGACGAACGCUGCUCCAGUCCAACUCCCAGUGCCGACGAGGCAGCCGAUGAGCCCAUCUUGUAUCUGGAGGCCAAGUGCAUUCCCUAUAAGGUAUCAGAGCCCCUAAGUGCUAAGGUCGACAGCACUCCUGGUCUGCCCGAGUAUUACACCUGUGAUGACGAGGCAUAUGGUAGUGUCUCACCUUCAGCUCGAAGCAGCGUGACCUAUUGUAGCUGCGCCGGGGUUUCCAGUCAGCAUUCAGACUCCCAAGAAUCGGGACUCAGUGUUUCCCCUUCGCCGCCUCAUAUACGACCACGAUCCUUACGACCACGCUCCGUGGUAAUAUCCCAGUCGCAGACCAAGUAUCGCUCUGCCAGAUCCCGAAUCAUUAGUAUGGUUCUAAAGAAGGAGUACAACAAGUGCCCUGAAAAUCUGCAGCCAAGGGAUAUUAGCGAGGAGAUCCGGGAAGAGUACCGAGGACAUCCUACCGUUCGAAAGAAUUCUCAGGAACCCAGUUUUCUAAACAGGGCCCUGCGCUACCUCACCUUAUAA